AUCCUGUCGGCUAUCUACAUGCGCUAUGCCAACGGAUAAGUCAAGUUGCAGACACUGAUGACCACUUCAAUUACUUGACUAUCAUCCAGUCAUCAGGGUAUGGAAAGACAAGGGCAGGCUGUGAACUUGCAGCUGAAUUUCCCUUUGUGUAUGUCUGUUUUCGCGAAAGUGGCUCAACUGGAUACCCUCUGGCCACCCUGAAGAGUAUGGAUAUGCUAAGAAACAUAAAUGCAGCAAAGGAUGUAGAUGAAGCUGAAGUUGAAGCAUUGGGCUGGAUUCGAUCUAUUGUCUCGAUGUUUCAUGAGAAAAAAGAAGAAUUUUGCAAGAAGCAGCCACAAGAGAAAUAUCAACAAGCAUUGUUGAAAGACCAGCAACAAGCCACAGAUUUCUGGAACACUGUCAAUGCCAAUCAUGGAAAGGAAGAGAUGCCGCAAACUAAAGAGAAGAUAAUUCUUUUUAUCAAUGAAGCAUCUGCUCUCCUCUCUAAAAAGAAGGAUCAGGUGGAUGUUACUAAAAAAAAUCAGGCAUUUAGAGCAGUUCGGCAUGCCCUAUUCAAAUAUAAGGCUUAUGUUACUGGUCUCUUGACAGAUACGAAUUCAUUGGUUGCCAAUUUGGCACCUCAACUUGAGCAUGAUCCUUCAUGGCAAUCAGCAGAGUCCUGGGAGACAAACCAAAACAAAUUUAGGAAUAUUAUACUAUUUGCCAAGUUUAAGCUUCUUGGGGGAACAAAUCAAUGGAACCAGGAUGUUAAGAUGAAAAGAAAAGCAGUGCUUGCUCUUGGACAAGCCUUUGACACCUAUCCAUCCUCUCUUGAGGAGCUUAAGGGGCUUCUCAAGAUGCUGCCUAUCACUGAAAUUCCUGAGAAGAAAAAAGAUUCAACAAGGAGUUUAAUUGGGCAGAAAGUGAACUUUGCACUAAAAUGUCAGAGUGGAGCCCACUAUUUUUUUGGCAAAUUAGACUACAUUUUUGCAUUCACUGCUGCAGGAAAAUAUCUUCAGUUGUUCCAGCUUUUACAUGAUUACCAAACAUGGCAACCUCGAGAUCCUCAGUAUCAAGUUCGACCUGGGUUUGGUGCAUCACCAAGUACUCAUGGUGGCAACUGCCAUAAACAUUUUUUAAUGCUUCCAUCAUUUGAAGGAGUGGAUUCCUUCUACUAUACCAUUAUUACAUUUCUCCCUGAUGGAGUCCACAAGAAAAUCCAUAAUUUUGGAAUGCUAUUUAAGUAUUCCAAGAUUGAGCAUCCAUGUUCUUUGCAAAUGUUGAAAGAAGCUAUGAAAUCAGUGCUCACAGGUUUGAAUUCUCUGCACACCCAAGGCUAUGUGCACCAGGAUAUUCGUUGGGAAAAUGUGCUGCGAAGGAGGGAGGAAGAGGGAGGAGGUUGGAUGAUAAUUGAUUUAGAACAUGCUGGUCAGCCCAGACCUAUAAACUACAGGCUCCAGUAUUGGCCUCCAGGAGAUGGUGGGAAAGAAAUAGGUUCACAGCCAUACACUAAUGCCUGCAACAUGUAUCUUGUUGGUAUUGGUAAGCUCAUGGUGGACUGCUCUAAUGUGAUUUUGGAUUCGAGCAGUGAGAACUUCUUGCAGAGACUUUUAUCAGCAGUUGGCACAGACAUCUCAGUGGGAGAUGUACUCAGUGAUACAUGGUUACAAUAA